GAAUGAGACUUGAAUAUUGACUAAUGACUAGUCAGAUUUCAAAGCCGACUCAAAAGACCACAAAUAUAUAUAAACACAUACAAAACCAAACCAUGAAAGAAAAAAAACCAAAACAAAACAGAGCAAAAAAAAAUGAAAACUUUCAAACUCCACCACCACUUCUUCACCCUCCUUUUCUUUCUCCUCCUCCUACCCUUCCUUAAAUCACAAACUGAAAGACAAGAAAACAACACAGGCUACACCUGCAACAACAAUAACAAAAACCAAACACAACUUUAUCCAUGUCAAUCAUAUGCAUACUACAGAGCAACACCACCAAAUUACCUCGAUUUAGCUACCAUUUCAGAUCUUUUUUCAUUAAGUCGCUUAAUGAUCUCAAAACCAAGCAAUAUCUCUUCACCUUCAUCCCCUUUAGUCCCUAAUCAACCCCUUUUAAUCCCUUUAACUUGUUCUUGCAAUUUCAUCAACACCACUUUUGGUUCAAUCUCUUACUCCAAUAUCACUUACACUAUAAAACCAAAUGACACUUUUUUCCUUGUUUCAACUAUAAACUUUCAAAAUCUCACUACUUAUCCAUCUGUUGAAGUUGUUAAUCCUAAUCUUGUUCCUACUAAUCUCUCUAUUGGUGAUAAUGCUGUUUUCCCUAUUUUUUGUAAGUGUCCUGAUAAAACCAAAACAAAUUCAAGUUUCAUGAUUUCUUAUGUUGUUCAACCUUUUGAUAAUGUUUCAUCAAUUGCAUCAAUGUUUGGAACAACUGAAAAAUCCAUAAUUGAUGUGAAUGGUGAAAAAUUGUAUGUUUAUGAUACAAUUUUUGUUCCUGUUAAUAAAUUACCUGUCUUGAAACAACCUAGUACUCUUGUUCCUUCUCCUCCACCAAGUGGAAAUUUUGAUGAUGGUGAUGAUGAUGAUGAUAAGAGUGGAACUGUUAGAGGGUUAGCUAUUGGAUUGGGAAUUUUAGGGUUUUUGUUGAUUUUGGUUUUAGGGAUUUGGCUUUAUAGAGAGGUUUUGGUUAAGAAGGAAAAGAAAGGGAGAGAUUUGUAUUUUGGAGAUAAAGGGUAUAAUGGGAAUAAUAAUGAUAAUAAGAAGAAGAAACAAAUGGAUGUGAAUUUUAUGGCUAAUGUUUCUGAUUGUUUGGAUAAGUAUAGAGUUUUUGGAUUUGAUGAAUUAGUUGAUGCUACUAAUGGGUUUGAUGAAAGUUAUUUGAUUCAAGGAAGUGUUUAUAAAGGUGAAAUUGAUGGACAAGUUUAUGCUAUUAAGAAGAUGAAAUGGAAUGCUUAUGAAGAACUCAAAAUCUUGCAGAAGGUAAACCAUGGGAAUUUGGUGAAGUUGGAAGGAUUUUGCAUAGAACAAGAAGAAUCAAAUUGUUAUCUAGUCUAUGAAUAUGUUGAAAAUGGAUCUCUCUACUCAUGGCUACAUGAAGAGAAAAACCAAAAGUUGAAUUGGAUAACAAGGCUAAGAAUAGCCAUUGACAUUGCCAAUGGUUUAUUAUACAUUCAUGAACACACAAGACCAAAAGUUGUACACAAAGACAUAAAAAGUAGCAACAUUCUCUUGGACUCAAACAAGAGAGCUAAAAUUGCGAAUUUUGGUCUUGCAAAGAGUGGAAUAAAUGCAAUUACAAUGCACAUUGUUGGAACACAAGGGUACAUUUCGCCUGAAUAUCUAGCCGAUGGUAUUGUGUCAACAAAGAUGGAUGUAUUUUCUUUUGGUGUUGUGUUGCUUGAAUUGAUUUCUGGAAAGGAAGUUGUUGAUGAUGAGGGAAAUGUUUUGUGGGCUAAUGCUAUUAAAACUUUUGAAGUGAAAAAUGAACAAGAAAAGGCUAGAAGACUUAAGGAAUGGUUGGAUAAUGCUAUUUUAAGGGAGACAUGUUCAAUGGAAAGUUUGAUGGGUGUACUUAAUGUUGCAAUUGCUUGUUUGAAUAGAGAUCCAUCAAAGAGGCCUAGCAUUAUAGAUAUUGUUUAUUCACUUAGUAAAUGUGAAGACACUGGAUUUGAGGUCUCAGAUGAUGGGUUUAGUUCACAAAACUUGGUGGCUAGGUGAACUAGGUUAUGUCCAUAUUUUGGUAUCACGAUGAGUAUGUCAGAAUGUCGGUGACCUACCGUAAUUUUUCAAAAGUUACAUUCUGUAGCUUCUACAAAAUCGUGAUGGAUCAUCGUGAUUCUGACAUACUCAUCAUGAUACCAAACAUACACUAUAUCUUGCUAGCCCAAUUAAAUUAAUGGAUCCAAAUAUGUAGAAUUUCUUAAAGAAUAGUUUUUUGAACCCAACAAUAGGGAAAAUGUAAAAUAUUUUUGGUAGUAGUUAAUAUAAUAUAAUACAGUACAAUGUAAUUAAAAUAAUUUUGAUUGUUUGGAUUACCAUUAAUAUCUUAGGAUUUAAGAUUGUAUGUGGCUUAAAACAACUACAAAAUAGGUACUUGGGAGUUUUAUUAGAGUUUAGAAUCUAAGUUAAUAGUCUUAGAAUUAGUCUAAGAAUGUGAUCAUUUAAAUAAAUUUAAUUUUAAGGUGAU